CCCGCCCCCGCGCCGGCUGGCGAGGUGAGCUUCCCAGCCGGACGCCCCAACCCGCGCUGCGCAGUGGACGCGGUAGCCGGAGAGCCUGUGGGUCCCGGGACACGCCGGGCCUCUGAGCCGGCGCCCACUAUGCGCCCCCGGACGGCGCCGAGGCCGCCCACUCUGCUGCUGCUGCUCCUUCUGGUGCUGCGCGUGGCCGCGCCGGUGGCGGGCAAGGGCUGUGUCUGUAAGGACAAAGGCCGGUGCUUCUGUGAUGGGACCAAAGGGGAGAAGGGAGAGAAAGGUUUUCCCGGACCCCCUGGUUCUCCUGGCCAGAAGGGAUUCCCAGGCCCUGAAGGCUUGCCUGGACCCCAGGGACCCAAGGGCUCUCCAGGACUUCCAGGAUUCACUGGUCCUAAAGGCGUAAGGGGAAUAACUGGAUUACCAGGAUUUUCAGGUCCUCCUGGGCUUCCAGGCACCCCAGGCCUCCCUGGACCUUAUGGUCUUGCUGGUUUCCCAGGAUGCAAUGGUUCUAAGGGUGAGCAAGGGUUUCCAGGACUUCCGGGGACACCAGGCUACCCAGGGGUCCCGGGUGCUCAUGGUUUGAAAGGAGAAAAGGGUGCGCCUGCUGAAGCAGAAGGCAUAGAACUUGACGGAAAAGGUGACCCCGGGUUGCCAGGAACUGCAGGAUUCCAGGGUUUGCCAGGCCUCCCAGGAUUUCCUGGACCUGUUGGCCCACCCGGCCCUCCGGGAUUCUUUGGCUUUCCAGGAGCCAUGGGGCCUCCAGGACUUAAGGGUCACAUGGGUGAUAACAUGGUCGGACAAAAAGGAGAACGGGGUGUGAAAGGACUAACAGGACCCCCUGGACCACCAGGAACAGUUGUUGUGACGCUAACCGGCCCAGAUAGCAGAAUGGACCUCAAGGGCGACAAGGGCGACAAGGGAGACGUGGGCAGACCUGGACCUCCUGGACCCUCAGGACCACCUGGAGAAUCUUACGGAUCAGAAAAAGGUGCUCCUGGCUCUCCUGGCCCACAGGGGAAACCUGGAAAAGACGGUGCUCCUGGUUUUCCUGGCACUAAGGGAGCCAAAGGCAACAGGGGCUUCCCUGGGUUACCUGGUGAGGAUGGCGUUAAGGGGUGGAAAGGGGACAUCGGCCUGCCAGGAUUUCCUGGUCCAACAGAAUAUUAUGAUGCAUACGAGGAAAAGGGAGAUGAGGGAAUUCCAGGUCCUCCAGGGCCCAAAGGAGCUCGUGGCCCACAAGGUCCUGUGGGCCCGCCUGGAGUUCCUGGAAGACCUGGGUCAUCAAAGCCUGGCCUCAGAGGACCCCCUGGACCACCAGGCGUGAAAGGAAGUAAAGGGAAGCAAGGACCCCCAGGAAAGAAUACAGUAGGGUCUCCCGGGUCCCCAGGUUGUCCUGGUUCACCAGGCCCUCCAGGGCCGCCGGGACCUCCAGGAUCACCAGGAGACACCAUUUUUCGCAAAGGUCCACCUGGAGAUCCUGGACUUCCAGGCCAUGUGGGGCCUCCGGGAAUUCCAGGAGUGGAUGGGCGCAAAGGGGAACCAGGCCUCGUGUGCACUGAUUGUCCUUGUGUCCCGGGGCCCCCAGGACUCCCAGGGUUGCCGGGGUUAGAUGGCCUAAAAGGAAUCCCAGGAGAACGAGGGGAAGCUGGUAUUAAAGGAAGCCCAGGGUCCCCAGGAUGUGCUGGUUUUCCAGGAUCUCCAGGAUUCCCAGGUGCUCCAGGUGCUCCAGGACUUAAAGGAGAAAAAGGUGAAACAUCUUAUCCAGAGGGACAAGUCGGGGACCCAGGGGAUCCGGGGCCCAGAGGACAGCCUGGAAGAAAGGGCUUUGAUGGAAUCCCUGGAACUCCCGGACUAAAAGGAUCACGAGGGCCGAAGGGCGAACCGGCCCUCACUGGUGAGAAGGGGGACCGGGGUUUUCCAGGAGAUCCUGGCAGCCCUGGGUCCCCAGGACCUGCAGGACCAGCUGGACCACCAGGCUAUGGACCGGAGGGAGAACCUGGUCCAAAGGGAGCCAAAGGUGUUCCUGGAGCCCCUGGACCACCUGGAAAAGCCGGUCCCCCAGGAGACUCCAGCGUUUUGAAACCAGUCCCAGGGCCCCCGGGACCUCCAGGGCACCCAGGCCGUCCUGGCCCCCAAGGUCCACCUGGUUGUCCUGGACCCAAAGGAAAAUGUGGUGAGCCAGGUAUUCCUGGGCCUGACGGUGAACCAGGAAUUCCAGGAAUUGGAUUCCCUGGGCCUCCGGGACCUAAGGGAGACCGAGGUUUUCCAGGAACAAAAGGAUCACCAGGUUGUCCUGGAGAAAUCGGAAAGCCAGGCUUACCUGGAAAACCAGGCGUCCCAGGAGCCAAGGGAGAACCAGGACUAGCCAUGCCUGGAGAACCAGGAACACCAGGUUUUCCAGGAGAAAGAGGCAAUUCUGGGGAAAAUGGAGAAAUUGGACUCCCUGGAUUUCCCGGUCUCCCUGGAAUUCCAGGAACUGGAGGGCUUGAUGGACCACAAGGGGAUCCAGGGCAGCCUGGAAUACCUGGAGAAAAAGGACUCCCAGGAAGGUGCACAGAGGGUCCCAGGGGAGCCCAAGGACUUCCAGGUUUAAAUGGACUGAAAGGUCAACAAGGCAGAAGAGGCGAAACUGGGCUAAAGGGAGACCCAGGUAUUCCGGGCUUGGAUAGGUCAGGAAUUCCUGGAGAACCUGGACCACCAGGAAAACCAGGUCAUCGAGGUGACAUGGGACCACCUGGUCAAAAAGGAUAUCCAGGAAAUCCAGGAUUUUUAGGGCCACCAGGUGAAAAAGGAUCGGCUGGGAUGAUGGGCUUCCCCGGAAACAUUGGCCUUCCAGGGCCUCCUGGGAACCCAGGCACCCCGGGCCAGAAGGGUAGCUUUGGAAUUCCAGGAGCAAAGGGUAAGAGAGGACCCCCAGGAGCCAAGGGGGAAGAAGGAGCUAAAGGAAUUCCCGGGCCUUCUCAAAUAUCCCAUUUACUGGGGGACAAAGGAGAGCCAGGCCUCAAAGGAAUUGCAGGAAUGCCUGGUGAGAAAGGAUAUAGAGGCACCCCAGGAUUACCCGGUUUAAAAGGACACGAAGGGCCACCCGGACCACCUGGACCACCAGGCCCCAGAGGAGAUCCAGGUAGCACUGGGAAUCCUGGAGAACCAGGGCCACGUGGCAUGCCAGGAAGCAUGGGGAACAUGGGAGUGCCAGGUUCUAAAGGAGAGAAGGGAACUUCGGGACUCCCAGGUCUACCUGGAAGACCAGGCCUCCCAGGACUUCAUGGUCUCCAAGGAGAUAAGGGAGAGCCAGGUUAUUCUGUAGGUACAAGGCCAGGACCACCAGGACCAAAGGGAGAACCAGGAUUGCCAGGUGACAUGGGACAGAAAGGAGAAAGAGGGUCCCCCGGCCCACCUGGAUGUCCCGGGCCUCCUGGACCUGACGGAGUCCCUGGAAGUCCCGGAAGUCCCGGCCACCCAGGAAAACCGGGUCCUGAUGGCGAUUUGGGGUCUAAAGGAAUCAAAGGCUUCCCAGGCUUUCCAGGAACGAAAGGCCCUCCAGGUCCACCAGGAUUCCCAGGAAAUCCUGGACCAAUGGGUAUGAGAGGUAACCAAGGGUGUGAUGGAAUUCCUGGACCAGCAGGAGAAAAGGGAGAGCCAGGUUUGCUGGGGGCAUUUCCAGGCCCAAAAGGAAAACCUGGUGCUCCAGGAGCCAAAGGAGACAGGGGAGACCCAGGCUUGCCUGGCCUCCCUGGCAGGAAAGGGACAGUGGGAGAUGUUGGGCCGAAAGGACCCACUGGUGUGGCAGGACCCCCAGGGCCACCAGGAUGCCCUGGUGCAGUCAUCCCUGGCCAGAAAGGAAACCAAGGUCCACCAGGUUCCCCAGGAAACCCAGGUGAGCCUGGUCCCCCCGGACCUCCAGGGACUCACGUAAAAGGCAUAAAAGGAGACAAAGGAUUUAUGGGCAAGACUGGCCCACGAGGUCCACCUGGAACUGUAGGAGACCCAGGGCCACCGGGUCAUAUGGGAGCACCAGGUACCCCAGGUCCGCCAGGGUCCAGAGGUGAUCCUGGAUUCCAAGGAUUUCCAGGCAUAAAAGGAGAGAAGGGUAAUCCAGGAUUUGUGGGAUCAAUUGGACCUCCAGGGCGAAUUGGGCCAAAAGGACCUCCAGGUGCACGUGGAGAUCCAGGCACGCUUAAGAUCAUCUCCCUUCCAGGAAGCCCAGGGCCACCGGGCCAACCUGGAGAACCAGGGAUGCAAGGAGAACCUGGGCUACCGGGACCACCGGGAAACGUAGGACCCUGUGGGCCAAGAGGUAAAUCAGGCAAGGAUGGAAAACCAGGAACUCCUGGACCACCUGGAGAAAAAGGCAACAAAGGUUGUAAAGGAGAGCAAGGUCCACCUGGAUUCGAUGGACUGCCAGGUUUGAAGGGGAAACCUGGAGACACCGGACCACCUGCAACCAGGAUAACAAUGAGAGGCUUUGUUUUCACCCGGCACAGUCAGACCACAGAGAUUCCCUCCUGUCCAGAAGGGACAGAGCCGCUCUACAGUGGGUUUUCUCUUCUUUUUGUACAAGGAAAUGAACAAGCCCACGGACAAGAUCUGGGAACUCUUGGAAGCUGCCUACAGCGAUUUACCACAAUGCCAUUCUUAUUCUGUAACAUCAAUGAUGUAUGUAAUUUUGCAUCUCGAAAUGAUUAUUCAUACUGGCUGUCAACACCAGCUCUGAUGCCAAUGGACAUGGCUCCAAUUACUGGCAGGGCCCUGGAGCCUUAUAUUAGCAGGUGCACCGUCUGUGAAGGUCCUGCAAUUGCCAUAGCCGUUCAUAGCCAAUCUACUGACAUUCCCUCAUGUCCUCCUGGCUGGAUAUCUCUUUGGAAAGGAUUUUCUUUCAUCAUGUUUACAAGCGCAGGUUCUGAGGGAGCUGGGCAAGCUCUAGCAUCCCCUGGAUCCUGCCUAGAAGAAUUCCGAGCCAGUCCAUUCAUAGAAUGUCAUGGAAGAGGAACAUGCAACUAUUAUUCAAAUUCCUACAGUUUCUGGUUGGCUUCAUUAAACCCAGAAAGAAUGUUCAGAAAACCUAUUCCAUUAACUGUGAAAGCUGGAGAAUUAGAAAAUAUAAUAAGUCGCUGUCAGGUAUGCAUGAAGAGAAGACAUUGAAGAAAUCAAAGAAAAUAGAACUGUUAUUUUUCAUUCUACCUAACCAAGUAAUGAUGCCGAACGUGCCUGUAUUUAGGUAUUUUUCUCUAACCAAACAAUAUCGCUCUGUGAUGACUUAGUACAAAGUUUCUGUUGGUUUCCCCGUACAACAGAGCAUUUCUGUGAUCCUGGUCUCUAAAUUCUGCGCUGUUUCAAAGUUCCCUAUGGCAAGGCAGCAGACUUUUCACAAAAUAUUACUGAAAUUGUAUUCUACUUGUACCCAAUGCACUUUCUAAAUGGUGGUUGUAUAAAGUUUGAUGCUCCAAGAGCUUUUUGGUCCACUAAAUUCCCAAGAUUUGCCCCUUUCUAUUCCAGUCUUUGAGACUCAGGGAGGCUAACUCAGUUUUAGAUUGCCCCACCACCCUCUUCCUGAAACUUUAUCCUAAGUAGAGGAGAUGGGGGCAAGUGGAGUAUUAGGCAUCGUUGAUAGAACUAGACUUUCAGAUCUGUUGAUUAACCUAAGGUCUGAAGGAAGCAGAAUUGAACUGAGUUCAUGGAUUAUCUAGAGCUCUUUUAAACAUACCCAAGUUUCCCGGAAUGAAAUUACAAUAGCCUUGGAAACACUAUGGUUUUGUUUUUGUAUUUUUUUUUUGAGUUUUUUUGUUUGUCCAUUGAAUUCAUUUCACUGCAGCAAUAUAGCCUGCUUGUAUUCUAAGUAGGCACAAUUUUUACCCUUAGUGAAUUAAUUAGAACAUUUUUACACAGUACUCUGAAAUGUGUCUAAUUUUAGUUUUUCUUUUACCAGCACAUCCACAAAUAACAAGAGAACAACUUAUUAGAUGUGCUUUUGCCUCAUCCCUAUGAAUGUUGGUGCAUAUAAUUGAGUAGCUCAAUGGUCCAUGAAAAAACUUAAGCCAUCUGUUGACUAAUAAGGCUCAGAAUAUUUUUCCUUUGUUCUCAAUAUUCCAUUUAACUUGGGUAUUUAUAGAGAUUUAUUUCCUUGUGACUUCUCUAAUUCUUUUUUUUUUUGUAAAAAUGUUUUUUGUAUUACAUAUUCUUUCAAACAUAUUGAGAAAGUCAGUUGUGUAAAAAUCUUAAUGUACAAAUUGUACAGCUUGGAAGCUGUGUCUUAAAACUUGUUUUUCAGUGUGUUCAUACAUUCCCAAGGUUACUUAAUUCAUCUUAAGCAUUUUAUUUAGCACCAAGCCAUACCCCAGGCACUGUGCUAAAUAUAUUAUGGAGAAGCUAAGAGGAAGAAAAAAAAAGAGACUUGUUUCUAAUAUCCAAAAAAAGGUAACUUACUGUUUCUGUUAGGAAUCCCACUUAUCUGAGUCGUUUUCCCCCUUUCUCCCUCUCUCUCUGUCCUGAUACUUCAUCAUCAUAAUUCAGCAGGCCUUGAUAGAGGUUUAAAAAUAAGAUCUAUGCCCAGGGAGAGCCUAGGACUUCUAGCUUCUCCUAAGCAUGGCGGAAGCCAAGAUCUGGACAAUGAUAAGAAAACAACGAUGUAUAAAACAUCAAAAACCACUUACACUUGACGCUAGCACUAUUUGACGAGUCGCAUCCCGAGACAAAGCUCGAAGAUGCUUCUCCAUCCACCCAGGUGGAGUUGGGGUGCUGGUCUUUAAAUUCAGGUUUUAUUGUUUCAACCUCAGUUGCUCUGAAGUGACGAUGUGGCCCCAGAGGACAGCACAGACAUGAGCACGGUCCACACCCCCCACUGCUCCUGUGACUACUGUCAAGCCAUUUUUACAGUUAAACUAAGAGUGUUUUAGAUUAUUUACUUAGACUCACCUAAUAUGAAGACGUUUUGCUCUGAAAAUAUCCUACUGUCCCAAUUGUACUUUAAUGGCAUAUAGGGCUUAAUGGAUCUGCACAAACCCUCUGUAGACCAGUAGUUCUCAGUGUGGUCCCUGAACCAGUGGCAACAGCAGUACCUGAGAACGUUACAAAUGCAAAUUGUAGGGCAAAACCCAGAUCUACAGAAUCUGAAACUCUGGGGGUGGCCCAGAAGUGUUUUAACAAGCCCUUCAGGUGAGUUCCAACACAUUCUAAAGGUUGAAAAAAACUGCUCUAGGCAAACACCCAGAAAACAACUCUACCAGGUACGCUGGCUACAAUUGUUCCAUCUGUGCCUCUGAUUUUUAAAGUCCCAAAUCGCAAAUGAACGUAAGGUUAUCUAAUUUUACUAAGAAAAACCCCAAGAAUGGUGCUAAUGCCAAAUGACUGGCCUCCACUUGUACCCAAGCCUCCAUCUUCUCUUGCCCUCUCAUCAGUGUUUAACGUCUGAGGAAGACAAGUGAUGCUAAAAUCUUCAAUUCCAGUGAAGCCAUAUGACAAGUUGCUCAAUCACAGAUCUCAGACUGAGCAUUAGAACAGAGCUCAUGUGCAUUACUUUUCAGGUAUCUAAGAGUAGCUGGUAAAGUUAUGAAGUUUUAACUUGAUAGGUAAAAUAUAAAUAACUUGUUUCUUUGAAAUUUGGGGCUUCCACUUUGGAAUUUCACAGUGUGCUAAAAUUUCACAGUGUGCUCAGAGGUCUCUUUUUGCAAGAUAAAUAUUAUUAAGUAACUUAUUUAUAAAAGUAUUACAAUAAUUCUAAAUUUGAAUUUUAUUGCUAAUUUAACUUACAAAGAUUUUUCUAUGCAUUAAAUGUAACUUACUGCUACUAAACUUAAUAUUUACUCUAUAACC